AAAAAUGAAAUCCUGUUUUUUCUGGGGGAGAGAAGUCGAAGGCCGAGAGUUGGUCCUAAUGGCAGGUGAAGAAAUUAAUGAAGCCUAUCCAGUAAAAAUUCAUGAAUAUUUAUCAAUAUUUGAGAAUUCCAUUGGUGCUGUGGAUGAGAUGCUGAAGACUAUGAUGUCUGUUUCUAGAAAUGAGUUGUUGCAGAAGUUGGACCCACUUGAACAAGCAAAAGUGGAUUUAGUUUCUGCCUACACAUUAAAUUCAAUGUUUUGGGUUUACUUAGCAACUCAAGGAGUUAAUCCUAAGGAACAUCCAGUAAAGCAGGAAUUGGAAAGAAUCAGAGUGUAUAUGAACAGAGUCAAGGAAAUAACAGAUAAGAAAAAGGCUGGCAAACUGGACAGAGGUGCAGCUUCAAGAUUUGUAAGAAUGGCCUCUGGGAACCGAAACCAAAAAAUGUAUUGAAAGUUGCCAAUAAAGGAAAAAGUAAAAAUUAACUUUUUGGUUUUGAUGUACACAUAUUCAGAAAGUACAUCAUUUUUAUUGUUUUCACAAAACAGAUGAUUAUGUGACAAUACAGGGUUUAAAUAUAUUCCUUAUUGAAUUCAUAUGUAAAUUUACGCUUUAAAUUUAUAAUGCUAAAUACCGUUUUCUCCCAGAAAG